AUGUAUGGAGCAGAAACAUGUGCUCUAAGAAGAAAUGAGGAAGUAAAGCUUGAGAGAACAGAGAUGAGAAUGCUGAGGUGGAUUAUGGGAAUAUCACUGCUUGAGAGAUUGAAAAAUGAUGAGAUAAGAAGAGGGGCAGGUGAAGUAAAGAUUACAGAGGUGAUAAGAGAGUCACGAUUGAGAUGGUAUGGGCAUGUGUUAAGGAUGGAUGACAAGGAGGAAGUGAAGAGGGCUUGGGAGGAACCUGUUAGAGGAAGAAGAUCAAGAGGGAGACAGAUAAUUAAAGGGCAAGAUAAAGUGAAGGAAGAUAUGAAGAGAAGAGGUUUGAUUGAGGAUGAUGCCUUUGAUGGAAGGCAGUGGAGAAUGCACAUCAGGCAACCGACCCCUUAA